AAUGGAUUAAGAUUAAUCAAUUAAAUUAGAGGACAUUCAUUAUACUAAUUUCAUUGAUUAUAGUUAAAUACCCUUAAUAAUGCCUAUGAUUGAUGCUGAAUUAUCAGAACCCUAUUCUAUUUACACAUAUAGAUAUUUUCUUUAUGGUUGGCCUGAUUUGUCAAUUUUUGCAUACUAUAAUAAUGAAAUAAUUGGAGUGAUUUAUUUUAUGAAAUUUAUAGGUAGUCAUUGGAAAAUUAGAUAAACAUCAAAAAUCAGGCAGAAAUAGAGGUUACAUAGCUAUGAUUGUUGUAGAAAAAAAAUAUAGACGUCUUAAAAUAGGAAGAAUUUUAGCAUAAAAAUUUAUUGACAAAAUAAAAGAAAAAGGUGUUAAUUUAUAUUUAAUAUUGUAUAUAGGUGGUGAUGAAAUUGUACUAGAGACUGAAUAAACAAAUCAUGCUGCACUGAGAUUGUAUGAAUCUCUUGGUUUUGCCAAAAUGAAAAGAAUGUAAAACUAUUACAUGUCAGGCAAUGAUGCAUUUCGUUUGAAAUUAUUCCUUGUGGAUCCUAUUGAUCCUCAUUAAAAAAGUGAAUGAGUUAACCAAAUAUCUGUUAAAGUUUUAUUAAGCA